CUGAGCAUCAAUCUCCAUCGACUUUCUUCCCAUGUGCCAAUUAAUUGAAAUGCAGUGAGAAAUGCUGAAUAGAUAAUUAUAUCGAUAAUGUAAAUGGAAACAAACUCAAGGUUUAACAAGAAAACAGCAGCCCGUCAGUCUGACAAUCUUGCGUCUUAGCCAUAUCUACAACAGCUUCAUCCCACCAUGUCCCUUUCGAUAUCCGAAACAGCCGCCCGUGUGGCUCGAUCCAGCAAGCUAACCAUACAAUCUCUUGAAUCCAUAAUAAGAAACACCCCGCCAUAACACCGAGCGUCCAACUCUCGUCCAAGCCCACCACCACCAUCUUCAACAUGUCCGUGCGCGGGAGGCUUUGACUCUAUUAGCGCAUCGCCUAGGCCCAAUCAAGGCUGUUAUCUCGAGUUUUGUCACGCGAGGCUACAAGGCCGGCCCAGUUCUAAAUUAAGAAAACUAGAAUAAGUCUGUGCAGCCUUGGUGCUGCUGUUGGUGGCCGCUCCUUAAAUACAAUUACUAGCGGCAGCCUGGCGAUAGUUGUCGCUACAUCACAUCCAACAUCCAAUACAAACUGCAGCAAAAGCAGCAGUGGUAACAAUGAAAUUCCUUGUCUCUAUUAUUGCAGUCGCUGGUGCCGUCUCGGCCGGCACUGUGUCCAUCGUUGUCUCGAGACAUAUUGACGAGGCGGCCGGACCUGAUCUGCACACCCGCCAUCCUCGCGAUCUGCAAAUCCGCGGCACUCCUUUCCAAGCAAAACUGUCGCCGUUAUCGACAAGAUACAUGGUAGAUGUGGAAGUUGGCACUCCUCCACAGCGCAUUUCCACCGUCCUCGACACUGGCAGCAAUGACCUCUGGUUCCAUGCCUCAAAUAGUCAGUCAUGCGGACCACGUUUAAAGUGUGGCGCGCUCUACAACAUCCAAUCGUCCAAGACAGCCCAGGCUGUUCAGAGCGAAGAGCUUCAAGGAUCUACUGAUUUCAGGCUACGCUACAAUGUCGGUGACAUUGGCGUCAACGGUACUUACGUCAAGGACACAGUAACAAUUGCCGGCGCUACCAUUCGCAAACAAAUAGUCGGUGCUGCAACACAAGCGAAUAUUCAGCUUCCUAUCCUUGGUCUAGGACCUCAAGCUCCACCUAACACCUUGGAUAGGCGACUCGGCGCAACAUAUAACGGCGUAAUAGACACCAUGGUACUUCAGGGUGUUAUCAGCAGACGCGCUUUUAGCAUCUUUUUGAACCAAAUGGCGACAAAGUCUGGAAACCUCCUCCUUGGUGGAAUCGACACGGAGAAGUAUUACGAUUCGCUGGUCAAGCUGCCCAUGGUUCCCACUGAGCGAGGUACCCACGCAAUUGUCCGCUAUGGCGUAAAUCUCAAGCAGAUGUCCGUCAACGGUAUCGAUGGCAUCCCAACUCUCGCAUCACCGAUUCCCGCAGUUCUGGAUACAGGGUCCCCCGUUCUUUUGCUGCCUGCUGCAGUCGUUGGUCCCAUCCUCAAGCACGCCAACGCCAUCGUAACUCAGACUGGCGAUGCCAUGGUUGACUGUGGACUAGCCACGUCCGAGAAGGCAGUCUUUGAGUUUAUCUUUGAAGGCAAGACCAUCUUCGUUCCAUUUCGGGACACUGUCCUUGACGUUUUCUCCGACUCUGAAAUGCCCUCAUUGCUCCAAUUGCUCGGUGCACCGGCCAAGAACUGGCAUCGUGUGUGCUUCUUCGGCUUCAAACAGGGAGCACCCGAGUCAUUUGCUAUUCUCGGUGACCCCUUUCUACGAAACAUCUAUUCUGUCUUUGAUAAUGAUGAUCACACGAUUUCUCUGGCCCAAGCUAGAUUUGAUUCGAAAAAGUCAAAUGUCAUCGAGAUCCCGGCCAAUGGCCAAUACCCCCAGAUCCAAGGCCCAGCAACUCCCAAAUCUUUAGACUCAGAUGUACCGUCCGACUCCAAAGAUGACAAGAACAGCAGCGCACAGUCCUUGCGUACUUCUGCUGCUGUUAUGGCUGCCAGUAUUGUUGGUGCACUCAUGAUUUGCCUGUAAAAUAAAUGAUUCCCCGUGCCAUACACACACACACACGCACAAACCUUACUUUGAACAAGACAAAAUUUGUUUGGAGCUAUGUAU